AUGUACGACUAUGGCCUGGUGGGCCGCGGCUUCCCUGACGUGACCUUGAGCCCUGACUUGUCGGUGCCGUGGAAGACGCACUGCGGGGUUCACAUCUCGGUGAUGGCAGCACGCACCCAGCGCUGGUACCGCCAGCUCGUGCUGCCGCAGCCGCUGCCGUCUCGAGAAAGGCCCUGCGCGGCCGCUGACCCAGACAGCAAGACGUCGAAGCGCAAGGCGGCCGCACGUGAGCGCAAGGUACAGCAACUUCCGUCUGACAUGCAGGAUUUGUUCGGUGAUUUCUUUGGGCCCAUGGAGGGGCCAGAUGGCAUGACGUCCUUUGGGGGCCCCCAGAGCACGCACUGCUCGCCUCCCAGGCCCGCUGGGCCAUCGGGGGUUGAGGGUACCGACUCUGGGGGCAGUCGAUCUGAUGUCGGCAGCGAGGUGGCUUUUGCUAUUGCGGCUGAGACUUGGGACGAGGCUAUGACUCAGAUCUACUGGGAAGGUGUCCCUGAACCGCAUGGUCAGGCCCCGUCUGGUUUCCUGGGCCAUCAUGCUCCCUACGAUCCUGCACGUCACUUCGCCUUCCGCUGGCAGGCUAGGGGCCGUGUGCGGGUCGAUGCUUUGCACAACCAUUGGGUCACGGUCAUGGAGAGGGCCGUGCUCCUGCAUGAGAAGGUUGACUCUGACAAGUGGAAGCAGUACUCAGGCCGUGCUCGUGGCCCUGCCUGUUGUUGGAAGCUGGUACGGUCGACUCCUGGACGUGCCCACAUGCGCAACGAGCAGGCUGAGUGGUGGGGCCUUGUUAGCACGCUGGUCACGCGCUACGUGGCCCUGGUGAGGAAUGCUUCUGACCCGCACCAGGCGGCCCAGUGCGUCGUGAAGGCGCGUCAGUUGAUCGAGCAGCUGGACGGCAAGUCGGACGAGCUGUACUUUGGCAAGAAGCAGGACCCCCAGGAGGUCUUCGUCUGGAAGGGCAUGGUGCUCAGCCUCGAUCUGGUCGAUGCUGCUGCCUUGCCUGAGCUUUUGGAGAGAACCCGCAGGUGGGCUGACCUGUCAAACGCUCGUGCCAUGAUGGCCUCCAGGUCCGCCUUCAUGAACUGGGUCCAGGAGAUUUGGUCCGCUAAACCUGGGGCCGUCCACAGGCAUGUGAAACCAGCGGAGGCCCCAGUUUGGGAAAGUAAGGACUCCUGGGGCACCGUCACUUCGGACAACCAGGCUAUGCUUCAAGGUCUGGCGAAGGAGUGGCAGGCGAUGUGGACCGACCCAGUCGACUCGCCUGAGGACGUGCUGGCGAUGAUGCAGAAGUGUUUCGAUGCGGCCAGGGAGGACCCCCUGCCCGCCAUCACGCUGCUGGACCUGGAUGCGGUGUUGCCGAGGAUCCCUGCGAGGAAGGCCAAGGGCGUGGAUUCGCUGAGCCCGUUGGAUAUCCAACGGCUACCUGAUGCAGCUCGUCAGGCCUUCGUGGACAACUUGAACGCUAUCGAGGCAGCAGGGGCUGGCCUGCAGAUUGGUUUCCCGCCGAUCAUUUUGUUGCUGGAGGUUGGCCUCUACUCCUUCCCGCGCCUGUUGAAGAAGGGCCAGAUGAUAACGGAGGCGGUGGAGGUCACCAGGUCGAUCGUCGCGGGGUCGGGGCUCGGAGUACCCUUGGCCAAAGUCAUGUUGCAUCGGCUGUUGGAGAAGGUACACCGCGAGGUCCCUCCUGCUGGUCUGUGGAGCUAUAUUGAUGACAUUGUCGGCCGCGCGGAGGGUACCAAGCAGAAGGUCAUCCGCGACCUCGAGGCGACGGCCGAUGUCAUGUCAGGUGGCCUUCGCGAGCUUCGUCUCCAGAUCUCCACCAAGACGAAGCUCGUGGCGAGCUCGGACGACCUGGGCGCGGAGCUGGAGAAGCGGCUGCGCCGCAAGGGCAUCCCUGUGGAGUUUGUGCGCGCCACGGUGGACCUGGGCUCCGACGCUGCCGCUGCCAGGGUGAGAGCCUCUGCCAGGAUGAUGAAGCGCCGCGCCCAGGCGAGGCUCAGACAACGUAAGGUGAUGAAGGUCAGGCGUCUGGCUAAGCUGCGCUUCGUGACGAAGAAGCUCUGGUCGUCAGGCGUGUACCCAGCGUCCGUCUUCGGUCAUCAGUUGAUGGGAACCCCUCCCACUACGCUGUUGGCCAUGCGACGUGACGCAGCUGCUGCGGUGGCUGGAGCAAAGCGGGGACGGUGCCUGACUACCGUGCUGCAGGCGAUCUACGGCACUGCUGAGCCUGGUGUGGAUUUACGCCGUCAGUUACUGCGUGAAUGGGUGGCCUUGUGGUUGACACAGCCCGGCCUGCACCCACGUAUCUGCAAGGUAUGGCCCAUGGUGCUGGCGAGGCUCAAGCGGGGCAAGGCCGUCUGCUGGAAGGAUGUUCGCGGUCCGAUUGCUGCACUGCAAGCGACCUUGUUGCAAGUGGGUUGGGAUCCCCAGUCGCCGUUGGUGUGGUCUCGGCCCUUAGCAGACGGCACGAUCGAUGAUUGGAUCUUCCCCUCCUUCGGUGAUGAGCAGUUCGGCACGGCGGUACUGGCCCAUUUUGAUGAUAUGCUGGGCGCUUUCAUGGAUGAUUGUGUCGCGCAGCAGUGGCAGUCAGCGGCUCAUCAUGCGGCGGGCGACGACUUGGCGGGCGGCGCCGACUUGACGACUGUGUCCAUUGAGCUGAACCGCUUCGCCAAGAGGUUGCAGUUUGACGAGUGGUCGGCGGAUGUCGCCGUGGUGAGCGGCGGCCAGUGGCCUCGUGAGAGGCAGCUCGCUGCAGGCUAUGCUUGUCCGUUGCUGUGCCCCCGCUGCAAAGAGAUGCCUGAGACUUUAGCGCACCGUAUUUGGACGUGCUCAGCUAAUUGCGGGCACGAGGACUUUUCAAAGACUGAUUUUCUGGUUCCCCAAGCCCUCGCCAGCCUGGACGCGCAGCCCGCGUUAUGGCUUCGAGGAGUCCCCUCGAAGGACCUUGUGGUGCCCAAGUUUGUGGAGAGCUCGGAGGCGGCCCAGAAG